AUGCACAUCUACCGCCGUCACGCCGGGAAUCUGGCCUGGUACGACGAGGAGGGCGAGCCCUCGUCGCACAACCCCUUCAAAAAGUUUCGCGCCCGUCCGCGCCGCUCCAGUUCCAUCCAGCUCGAGAGUCGCCUGGCCCCCGUGCGCACCGCGGGCGACGUCCGCUCCUCCGAGGAGCGUCGUCGUCGCCGCGACAUGACCGAGGGCCUGGCCGGCCCCGAGCAUUCGCUCUCCUUCCCGCCCGAGUCGGCGGGCACCGACCGGGCCUCGCAGCUGGAGAGCAGCGACCGCGCAGGCCCCGUGCCGUCCCUGCACAGCACCGACCCCAUCAACGUCUCGGCGCAGGAUGCGUCCGACAACGAGGCGGGCCUCCCCCGGAAGAGGAAGACGCUUAACGGCAAGGCUGACGACCAGUCCAUGGAUGACUAUACCAUGAACGGUGGCGGCGAGGAUAAGGAUCUGAUGGAGAAGCCUAAGUUCACCGUGGCGAACCAGAUCAAGGCGACCGUCUUCAACUCCUGGAUGAACAUCCUGAUUCUGGCAGCGCCGUUGCCGUGGAGCUACGUCGAUGUCAGCCGCGUCGCCGUUUUCGUGGUGAACUUUAUCGCCGUCAUUCCGCUGGCUGGCAUGUUGAGCUAUGCGACGGAAGAAAAUUGCCAUGCGGUUACGUCCUCUCCCCGUACCGGCCACACGGACCUGGCUAAUCCUUCUAGCACUGGCGAAACCAUCGGUGGUCUGCUCAACGCCAGUUUCGGUAUUCUCUCCAACCUCCUCCUGGUGAUGGGCAUGUGUUUCUUCUUCGGCGGCGUCAACCGGCUGGAGCAGCAUUUCAACGUCGUCGUCGCGCAGACGGCCGCGAGUCUGCUGGCCCUCGCCGUGGGAGCCCUGAUCAUUCCCACUGCAUUCCACAACUGGUCCGAGGCCGGUGACACGGGCAUUGCGCCUCUUUCACGUGGCACCAGCGUGAUCCUCCUCGUCGUCUACGGGUGCUACCUCUUUUUCCAACUCAAGUCGCACACGGUGAUCUACAACGCACCCAGUCCGAAAGUCGAAAAGCGCCGCCAGCGCAUCACCGAAGGUGACGCCAGCCGCGGCAUCGCGCAGAUCGGCAAGAUGAGCGCCACGCUGGCGGGCCACAACGCGCAGCAGAUGGAGCUCAACGACCCGGCCGACGAGCCCGAGGAGCCGCAGCUGCAUAUCUGGGUUGCGGUGCUGACACUCGGCAUCUCGACGGCGCUGGUGGCUUUGUGCGCCGAGUUCAUGGUGGAUUCGAUCGAUGCGAUCACGCAAACAGGCGGUGUGUCGGAGACGUUCGUCGGGCUGAUUCUGCUGCCUAUUGUGGGAAACGCGGCGGAGCAUGCGACCGCCGUGACGGUGGCCUGCAAGGACAAGAUGGAUCUGUCGAUCGGGGUGGCGGUGGGAUCGAGCAUGCAGAUUGCGCUGCUGGUGCUGCCGUUCAUUGUGAUUCUGGGGUGGAUUUUGGGUAACGAUGAUAUGGUGAGUGCCACAAGUGUGGUGAACUACCUCAUUGCCGACGGCAAAUCUCACUGGCUCGAGGGCGUCCUCUUAAUGAUGAUGUACGUUAUCAUCGCCGUCGCUGCUUGGUUCUACCCGACCAAGGAUAAGACCAAUGGCGCUUAG